AUGGCUACGAGAGAUGAGGCCGCGUUUUUGCAGCACUCGCUCCCUGCAGUUGAACACGCGCUGGGCUACUGCUUCGGGGACAGGCGACUCCUGCUCACGGCCUUGACGCAUCGCUCGUUCUGCAACGAGACCCACACAGCGUCGGGGGACUUCGACGAGCUCGAGUGGCUCGGCGACUCUGUCCUCCAGCUGGCGGUCUCUUCCUGGCUGUUUCGCUCGGCAAAGGGCUCGAGGAGGUCCUCAGGACAACUCUCCGCAACUAGGCAGCGCUUCGUCGACUCCCACGCUUGCGAGUCGUUUGCUCGACAGCUGAAUCUGUUACCUUAUCUUCGCAUCGGGCACGGUCAACCGGUGGGAGGGACCAAGAUUCUUGCGGAUUGCUUCGAGGCUGUUUUGGGUGCCGUUUACGUCGAUGCCGGGGGAUGCUCAGACCUCGAACCGAUUCACGCCAUCCUGGCCAGAGUCAUCCCGUCCUACAAGCACGGCCGGCGAUUACAGGAGCCACGACAGCCGCCGCACCCUCGUCACCCGCACACGCACACGCACACGCACACGCCGCCGAGGCCGCCGGCGGAGGAGCCCCGCAAGCUUAUGAACCUCGCGCACAGGCUCACGCAGAUUGCUAAACGCGACGCGGAUAGGGUACAAGGUGGUGGGGGUGCGGCCCAACCAAUGCAGGGCGAUGCCCCUGCUCCUCCUCCGCUGUCGCGUGCCGCAAACGGUUCGGACCGAGACCCCCUCGAGGUCGUGCGCGAGUUCGACGGACGCCUCAGGGAGUUCCAGGGAAACGUCCUCCGGGGGGGUGCGCUCAGCUUCUCGUCGAGGGCUUUCGCGGGUGCGUUCGGCGAAGACGAGGCGCGAUUUUUUUCAGCAGUCGCGACCGGCUGUCCCGAACGGUGCGCCCUUCUCGACAGCGUUUUGGACGGCUCGUCCAUGCUGCGGAAGCACUUCGACGGUGCUCCCCCGGGGGCUGAACGCGUGGUCAUGGAAGUGGUGCCCGUCCCCUCCGAGCUCCGCCUCCAAACCUUCACCGUGGUGGAGUUCCUCCUCAACCACGUGCUGCAGCCACAGGGGGGCUCGGGCGAGCCAGCCGACAACCCCGUCCUUCGGCUGAUCCGGUCGGCUCCUCACGGCGACGCCACCAUCGCCUUCCUGUCGAGCAUCGUCACCGAGACCGCUACCAACUUGCUCCUCAACGCCCACCAGAGAGCAACGAUAUCAGCGGGCGUGUCGCUCGCCCCUCUCCCAGCACCCCUCUACAGCCCCCCCGUCCCCAAUGGUCUACCGACUACGGCAAGCGUUUACAUGAGUCCCCCCCCCCCCGGCAGCCCGAUGUCACCACUGUCACCCCCACCCCUGCCGGGGCCAAGCGCCGGCCGUGGACCCCCCCCCCACCUGGGGCUCCCAUCUCCGCAGAACCACCUUGACUUGCCGCGUCGAAAACGAUCUCCUCCCCAUCGAGGCGGCGGGCCUUGGGGUGCAGCGGGGCCCCGGGGUAGGGGUGGGGGGUGGGGGCGAAGGGGCGGGCGCGGUGGGGGCGGAGGCGGUGGGAUUGCGAGGGGGAGGUGUUGA